GAAUCGUGAACGAAUCAAUAAGUAUUAUUUAAAACAAAAAUGGCGCGUUUUUGAACACCCGGCAAUAACAUUAAUUGUAUGACACCAAAGAAUAAAUUCUAACCUUGAAUACUUUUUACGAAGUUUAUAACAUAAUUUCGAAUUAUCGAUGAACUCAAAACCUACUCAAUCCACUAAUUUACCAUGGGUAGAAAAAUAUCGACCAAAAAAAUUGGAUGAUUUAAUAUCUCAUGAAGAAAUUAUUAAAACUAUAAAUAAAUUCAUUGAUGAAAAUUUACUUCCACAUCUUCUUUUUUAUGGACCUCCUGGCACAGGAAAAACAAGUACAAUACUUGCUUGUGCACGUAAAUUAUAUACAUCAGCUCAAUUUAAUUCAAUGGUUUUAGAAAUGAAUGCUUCAGAUGACAGAGGUAUCAACAUAGUUAGAGGACAAAUACUUAGUUUUGCAAGUACAGGUACAAUGUAUAAGUCUGGUUUUAAAUUAAUCAUUCUUGAUGAAGCUGAUGCUAUGACAAAUGAUGCACAGAAUGCUCUUAGGAGAAUAAUAGAGAAGUACACAGACAAUGUAAGAUUUUGUAUUAUAUGUAAUUAUCUCAGUAAAAUUAUUCCUGCCCUUCAAUCUCGGUGCACUAAAUUUAGGUUUGGCCCUCUUUCUAUAGAUCAAAUUUUACCAAGGCUAGACACUAUUAUUAAAGAAGAGAAUUUAAAUGUUACGGAAGAUGGAAAACAAGCAUUAAUAACAUUGAGUGGAGGAGAUAUGAGAAAAGUUUUGAAUGUCCUUCAAAGUACAUGGCUUGCUUUUGGGGCAGUUACAGAAGAAAAUGUUUAUUCUUGCGUUGGACACCCUCUUCCGAUUGAUAUAAAAAAUAUUGUCAACUGGCUAUUCAAUGAAUCAUAUGAAUUGUGUUAUUGUAGUAUCCUUUUUUCCUUAUUAGUUCAAAUUAUUGCUUGUCUCCAAAUUAUAAUUUUUCUUAAUACAUGUUCAGAAAUACAAGAUAUAAAGUUAAAAAAAGGACUGGCAUUACAAGAUAUAUUAACAGAACUUCAUUUAUUUAUAAAUAAAAUUGAAUUUCCAGAUUCGAUACUUAUUGAUUUAAUAAUAAAACUAGCUGAAAUAGAAAAGAGGGUAUCUAUUGGUUGUAGUGAAGCAGUACAAUUAAACGCUCUUGUUUCAGCGUUUCAAAAUGCUCGCGAUAUCGAGACUUAAUGCUUAUCAAAUUUGAGGAUACAAUUAAGGUAACAUUAAAUUUAUAGCACCAUUCUAUAAAGAAGUUUAAAAUAAAACUUGAUUUAAUAAAAAUGUA